GAGACCAGAAGUCGAAACCUACGUGCCUUUGCCAACACCUGCCCCAUGCCCGGUGAGAAGCUGAUGGCCUGCGACAUGCUGUCCAUCUUCAACGACCGAUGGUUUGGGCAGUGGCUGGCGCUGCGCAAGCCUUUCCGCGACUUGGCCGACCUGGUACUCUCCAACGUCCAAAAGAAGGUCCCCGUGCAGUUCCACCACUUUGCCAACGCAGUGCUGCAGUGCCCGGAGUAUUGGAGCGAUGACGACGAGAUCCGCGCAGACUUGGAGCUGGAGGCCAUGGGUUCCGACAAGAUCGAAACGUUCCUAGCGAAGUUAAUAAGAGCGCAGCGGACUCUGGUUGAUCGGUUCCUCAGUGGCAGUCUUGCGAAGGAGGACGAUGCGGGAGCGCAGAAGUCCGUGCGCGAGGUCGGGCUGCUGGCUGGCGAAGAGGACCCGAUGUUCAGAGAUGUGCGGUUCAACGAGGCCCAGCAGAGGUUGGAGCAGGGCCUCUGCAAGUUGCUAGAUAGGGCCAAGGCAGCCAGGACGGCGGCAAGCCUGGAAGAAUGGCAGCGCCUCAUGGAGGAGGCCAAAACUCACAGCCGACCCCAAGCCGUGACGGGACCGCCAGGCACUGGCAAGACCACUGUGAUCGAUAAGUGCGUUCGCAAGUGCCUUAGCCACGGAGGUCGGGUUCUGAUCGCUCUGCCGACGGCCCAGCAGGCGUUUAGGGUAAGGGCCAAGCACCCGCAGGCGGACGUGGACACCUGCUCCGGCGCCUUCUUCCUGUAUAAGGACGCCGUGGAGGUCAUGGAUUGCCUCACGCAGUAUGACAUGAUUGCCGUGGACGAAGUCUCCCAGCUGUCCAAGGACGACUUCGAGCGCAUCGUUCAGAUGUGGGAGGCCGCCGACAAGCUGCCCGUCUUGGUCUUCGCGGGCGACUUCUGGCAACUCCCUGGCGUGCAGCCCACACGUGCCACCGACAGCCCGAAGUGGCGCGGCGUGCACCAGGUCAAGCUCCACGAGAUGCGGCGAUGCAAGGAUGAGACAUUGCGGGCGAAGCUGGUUGCCUUGAGAACGGCCAUGCCUGACAAGAAGCUCCUGAAGAGGAUUGCCCUCCGCCACAAAGCCUGGUCCGGCCACAAGGAGCCGACGGCCUGGGACUUGCAGGAGCUGUACCGCAAGGUACCUCACACGACCAUCGCUACCUGCACGCGGCGGGCCGCUGCGCUGGUGAACGACCUCUCCAUCUGGGUCUUGUUCACAACGAAGAAGAGGCGGCAGCUGGCGGACCUUUUCGUUGACUGGGAGUCCAAUGCCGAGAACUUCGACGAGGACAACAAAGUCAUCACGGGCAAGCCGCCGGUGCCCAUGUCCAUGAAAGUGUACAGGGGCAUGAGAGUGCACAUUACGCGCAAUGUUGACAAGGGCUCCGACUUCAUCAACGGCAUGGAAUGUACCGUUCUGAGCUUCGCCCCAACGUCCGGCUGCCUUCACAUUCUCACAAAGACCGGCUGCAACCUCGCCGUCUACCCCAUCACGGACUGGAUCACGGACUGCGGGUACGUCACCGCCUACCCGGUGCGUGCCGGGUAUGCAAGCACGAUCCAUAAGAUGCAAGGCGCGGAGCUGGACCAUAUAACCAUCUGGCUGGAUGUCCCCUUCAUGAAAGCGGCAGGGUACGUGGCGCUGAGCCGAGUGCAGCGGGACGGCGACUACCUCCUUGGCGGCAUUGUCCGGCGUCGGCACUUCAUGCCGGCCAUGUGA